UCCCAUUGUCUCUCCCAAUAGGGCAAUGCCGUUUCUUCCUCCUUCAAAUAACCAGAGGAGAGAGCCUCCCCCCUCGAUCUACAGAAGACAGAGCCAAACAAGCCCACACGCCUGCGCAACCAAGAACUGAAGAGCACGCGCGCCAGGCUUUUCCUCGAUUUUCUCGUUGCUGUCCUCGGCCCUCUCGCCCCCGUCGCUCUAGAUCUCUCCGACGUGCUCCCCUCGACUUGGUGUCGCCGAGCUCCUCGGUUCUAGACUUCCAGGUCUCCAGCAAGGCCUCCACAUUGGGUUCUUGAGAAUGGCCGCGGCUACAUCUCACAAUGCCAUAGUGUCUACACAAUCCCACCGGUGGAACGGCAAGAACUCUAGAUUGGACAGGAGAGCAGCCAAUGUGCGUUUGGUUUCAGUUGGAAGUUGCUGCCCAGGCAGCAGAAAGUUGGGUCUGGUUUGUGCAUCGGGCUCAAAGUCUUCGGUCAUCGACCCGGUUCACCUACCCUCGAAUGGCAAGGGUGACCACAGCCCCAAGAAAUCAAGUGAAAGUUCCCUUAUAUUGAUCCGGCACGGCGAGUCGAUGUGGAACGAGAAAAAUCUGUUUACUGGCUGCGUCGAUGUGCCCCUGACACCGAAGGGCGUGGAGGAGGCCAUCGAGGCGGGUAAGAGGAUAUGCAACAUUCCAAUCGAUGUGAUAUUUACGUCGGCGAUGAUCCGUUCUCAGAUGACUGCAAUGCUUGCCAUGAUGCAGCAUCGACGCAAGAAGGUUCCAAUUAUCACACAUAAGGAGAGCGAACAAGCUCAAAGUUGGAGUAAGAUAUACAGUGAAGAUACAAAAGAACAGUCCAUUCCUGUCAUAACAGCUUGGCAACUGAACGAACGGAUGUAUGGUGAGUUGCAAGGUCUCAAUAAGCAAGAAACUGCAGAUCGGUUUGGCAAAGAACAAGUUCAUGAAUGGCGCCGUAGUUACGACACUCCUCCCCCAAAUGGAGAGAGCCUAGAGAUGUGUGCAGACAGAGCCGUUUCUUAUUUCAAAGAUCAGGUUGUUCCCCAUCUCACGGCUGGAAAGCAUGUGAUGGUUGCUGCACAUGCAAAUUCACUUCGAUCAAUUAUAAUGCAUCUGGACAAGUUGACUUCUCAAGAGGUGAUAUUACUUUGUAUCUAGUUUAUUUACGCUUUCCAAUCAGCCAUGUUUUAGUGAGAUACUGUAGAUACUAAUGCAUUAAGACGUCUUCCUUAGGUAAUAAGCCUUGAGUUGUCGACAGGCAUUCCUAUGCUCUACAUAUUUAAGGAAGGGGAGUUUAUCAGACGGGGGAGCCCAGUAGGACCUUCUGAAGCAAGUGUUUAUGCUUAUACAAGGAACUUGGCUACGUACAGAGACACGCUUGAUAGUAUGGUUCAGUAAAAGGCCUUAUAGAUUUCCGAGGCACGAUAUUUGUCGAACAUGCCAUUAUUUAGCUGAGAACUGGUCAGGGGGGAUUUCAAGUCCCAAGCAUUUUUUACUAGGAGCUAGAAGGGGAAGCUCACAAUCUAGAAACUUUCUUCUGUAACACUGAAAUCUAUGUAACAGAUCUACAAUGGGGCAACAUAAGCCCCCAUGUUGUAUAUGUAAAUUGAAUUUACUGGAGAGAGGUAGCAUUCCCUUUGA